AUGCUGUCGUAUGUAUUUAAUCAUGUUCGAAACUCACUUGUUCACUUCAUAUUACAGGCAUUUGGAUUCCUCGACCGCACGAUAUCUCCUUUAAUAGAAAACUUCUCAUUCCCAAGCCAACGUCCGAACGAUCUCGAGUCCAAUAUCCAAGUGGAUGUCUCAGACGGCACUUCAAUUUGCGAAACAUACACCGUACGCUUACAGCCUCAGCAUGGUCUGGAUAUCUUGGGUGUCGGAGCUGCUGGGCAGGUCUAUACUGUUAGCGACCAAAUUGUCCUCAAGACUUGUCGAAUUUUCGCACCCCCUAGUAAUGAUGCGUCUCGAAACGACCUUUGGCGUUAUGCUUCGGACACACUCUUUCAUUUCAAUUUAUUGAAAGAUGAACGUACCGUUUUACGGCUACUACAAAGUAGACCACAUCCCCACAUCAUACAAGCACUCGAUACCACCCAGCCAGAGGGACUAUAUCUUUAUAGAUAUCAACAACUACCUGUGCAAUUAACACAGGCUUGCCGGAUCAGAUUAUACUGUGAUAUUGCCGAUGCUUUACGUCACCUUCACAGCCUUGGUAUUAUACACGCAGAUGUGAGGGUUGACAAUGUGCUUUUUGACGAUCAGUCAUCGGCCAUUCUUUGUGAUUUCAGCGCUGCCAGCCCUUGCGGUCAACCCAAUCCCGUCUUUCCAGAUCUUCCACUUCCGAUCAAUGGCCCUUCACCGAUUUUAUCUGAGGCAUCCGACAUGUUUGCACUAGCUUCGCUCAUGUUUCACUUAGAGCACGGAUACUCACCUCAGCUGUCACUAGAAAAUGGAAAACUGGCUUUGCCUGAAUUGAAAUCGGGAAACACAGACAUUGAUAAAAUUAUCCAGACAGCUUGGUUGGGAAAUUACAACCACACGUCAGAGAUGGUAGAUCAUCUCACUUCAAUUGGUGCCCAUGAACAUCAUGCCGAAAUCCCUGAGGAACUCCAUGAUUACGAAGAUUUGAAGAGUCAGAUCAUAGAGUGGAAAAGCCACCGAAAAAAACAAUUUGGUAUGGUAACUCUUUCAUGA